CGUUCAUGCAUUAAGAUAUUCUAUUGAUCCAUUGUGAUUCUUUAUCAUUAUGGCUGAUAACGAUUCUCCAACCCCUCAUUGCUCCCACACUGAGCCACGGCUUGGAUCUCAAGAACCUGAACUUCUUCUCUCAGAUCCUGCAAACACACGCCCAGCUUCCUCACCAUCAUCCACAGAUUCUCCGCAUUUAUCUGCGGAUCCCAGACUUCCUUCUACAGAGAGUAACUUCUUUACUGAUGUCGAUCUUUUGACUCCCUCUAAUUAUAUCCAGAACAUUUCCUCUUCUACAACUAAAUUAGUAGAAAUGGUUGGCAUUAUUCAUCUAAUCAGGGAAGCUGAGACUGUGACUUGCAAGAACGGUACUCAAAAUGAAGUUUGCACCUUCUGCAUACAUAACAAUGAUGGUGAGAUUGUUCAAUGCGUUAUGUGGGGCGAUACCAUUGAUAGAUUCCUCGAUCAGCUGUUAGUGCACCAUGUCAUUCACAUCGAUGGAGCCUACCCAAAAUUUGUGAAGGAUCAGUUCAAUUCUGGAACAGUGCCCUAUGAAUUAAUUGUCCAAUCAAAUACAGAAAUUACUGAUUUGGGAAAGAUUCAGGCCACACAGCGUUCUCAAUCGACUUCUCCGGAAAUCAUCCCUCUGAUUAAUCUACCAACAUGCAAGAAAAUCGUUGCUAUCAGAGGAUUUGUGGAAACUCCUUGGGCUGUCAUAGAAAAACAAAUGGAGAGUACAGGGAAUACUUGUUAUGGAUCGAUUGCUGCUCAAAAAUAUUUUGUCGAUGUGAAAAUCAAUGACUUUCCUGCCAAAUUCGUCUGUCCGUAUUCGAAAGGGCAGCAUGUCCAAUGCGUUGGAAAACUGAUUAGAAAUGGAAACAGUUUUUUCUUCAAUGUCCAAAACUCAGAUUGCAUUUCUCUUGUUGAUCAGACAAUGGCAACUCUCAAAGAUCUCUUGUUAUGCCAACCAUUGGCUAAUCUCAAUUCAUCCACUCUUCACUCGGCUGGAGGUUCGUCUCAACCAAAGAAAUUGAAGAGGAAUGAAUUAUUUGCCAAACGAUUCCCUAAAAAAGGUUAAAAUCUGACAAUGAGGAUUACUUUUCUCUAUUUAAACAUUUCAAGACAAUUAAUUUCCUUUACUUAAAUAUCAUAAUUACUCCUUCAUCACUAUAAAAAUACAACCGGAUGGACUGGUAAUGGUUAAAACAAUAGAUAAACAAUAAUCAACAAGUAGAUGGAGUGACAACGAUACGGAAAUGAUUGCUUCGAAAUAUUCAACCAUCAGUUGAACUAUAACUCAUUCAAUUUCAAUUUCAUUAAAUAAUCAUUCGAAUUCGAAUUAAAUUAAAGAAAAGAUAACAACAAAAAAUUCUCUUGGUAAAAAAAACCCUAAAACCCUAAAAAAUUCCUAAUGAAAAAUUCCUCGUAAAAAAGGUUUAAUGGUAAUAACAAACAGAAUAGAAUAUCAACCAUUAAUGAUAGAUCAAUAAAUUGACUGACAAUAAUCAAUCAAUGUUUUCAAAUCAUGCACAUAUUAACUAAAUCAUUAAUUAAUUCUCAUUAAGUAAUUUUUUGAUAGUUCCAAUUAAAUUCUUAGUAAUUCCUUUUUAAAAUGAAUUAUUGUUCUUGAUUGUGAUAACACCGAUAAGUGUUGAUGCCUUCAACAAUUUUUUUUUCAACAUUGUUAAAUCGUAAUAAAACUCCAAAGUUAUUGACCAAUU